AAUAUUUGAGGAUUUUUAGGUACCGGGAGUCCAUACAUGUAGCAAACAAUGUGCUGUUGCCUUUUAUACUCGAAUAUGCUUUGGUCAAAAAAACUUUUGUAUUGACGUAAAAAAUUUUCUUCAAAAUUAAUUUUCCACACCAUCCCUACAACGCAUUUUGACGUUUCCAAACAUUUCCAUUUUGACAUUUUUUGUACUGUACUGCCUUUUUUUUGACAAAUAAACAUUAAUGGCUGCCAAUCUCGAAUGAAGAAGCAGCAUCAGUGAAUUUUUCGCUCCAAUUUGCAAAAACUUUUGACAAAAUUGUUUUCCAAAGUCAAGUGUGUGUUUAAAAACAAUUUGCAAAAACGCAGCGUGGAUAAUAUUCGUGCAGGAUGUGGCCGCAAGCGUUGCAAAUGACUAGAGACGAGUGUCGGGGCAUGUUGAGAAGACUUGAGCUGGAAUCAUAUUCGCAUGUGAUUAGUGUGUUUCGCGCUCAGGGUGGCCUCAGCGAAAACAAGGCCAAACUUCUUGAGGAGUUGCGUGGCAUAUUUCACAUCUCGCAAGAGCGUCAUCGUGCUGAAGCGCGUCGUGUUGCAAACGAUGAACAAUUGUGUACCAUUGCAGAGGCGUAAGUGUUAAGGAGAUUUCAU